AUGAGCGAAAUAAUCAAGGUUGAAAAAGAUGAGGCCAUAUUUCGUUCUGCGGAGAUGUCUCUUAUACAAUUGUAUAUCCCACAGGAAAUAUCAAGGGAUGCAGUGAAUACGUUAGGUCAAUUAGGGAUUGUUCAGUUUCGUGAUUUAAACACCAAGACACGAUCCUUCCAGAGAACUUUUGUCAAUGACAUUAGAAGACUGGAUAAUGUCCAAAGACAAUUUCGUUACUUCUUCACCUUACUGCAGAAACACCAUAUCACUUUAUAUGAAGGUGAUGCAGAACAGUACACUCUCAGAUCUGAUGAAAACCUAAUUACUGAAGGCCAAUUGACAGUUCCACCAUCAACAUCUGUCAUCGAUGAUUAUGUCCAAAAUGGAUCUUUCUUAGAGGAGCGUUUGAUCCAAAUGGAAGAAGCUACAGAGCAAAUUGAAUUACAAAAGACGGACUUAGAACAAUUUAGAAUAGUUCUUCAAUCAAGUGACGAUUUUUUUGACACUAAGAAUGCACCAACAAUUGCAGGAACCUUGGACGUUGAAGAAGGAUUAGUUGCCACAGAGUCAGUUAGUUAUAUUACUGGGAUUAUUCCAAGGGAUAAAAUCAGCGUUUUGGAACAAAUCUUAUGGAGAGUUUUGAGAGGUAACUUAUAUUUCAAAAAUAUUGAAAUAGAAGAACCAAUUUAUGAUGUUAAGACGAAGGGUUACGUUGCUAAGAAUGCAUUUAUUGUCUUUUCUCAUGGUGAUUUGAUUCUACAAAGAAUUAGAAAGAUUGCCGAAUCAUUGGAUGCUAAAUUGUACGAGGUAGACAAGUCUGCUGAACUAAGAUCCCAGAAACUAUUAAGAAUCAACGAGAAUUUGGGAGACUUGUACACCGUGUUGCAAACAACUACGACUACAUUAGAAAGUGAAUUAAUUGCAAUCUCUAAGGAAUUAAAUGUCUGGUACCAAGACAUUGCUCGUGAAAAGGCGAUCUUUGAAACUUUAAAUAAGUUUAACUUUGAUAAAAAUAGAAAGACUUUGAUUGCUGAAGCUUGGAUUCCAAAAGAUGAAUUAAAGUUCUUACAGGAGUGUCUAACCGAAAUGACUACAAAAUUAGGUGUAGAUGUACCAUCAAUUAUUCAAGUUUUAGAAACCAACAAAACUCCACCUACUUUCCAUAAAGUGAACAAAUUUACCGAAGGAUUUCAAAAUAUUGUUGAUUGUUAUGGUAUUGCCCAGUACCGUGAAGUCAAUCCAGGGUUACCUACAAUUGUCACAUUCCCAUUUAUGUUUGCAAUCAUGUUUGGUGAUAUGGGUCAUGGGUUUCUAAUGUUCUUAGCAGCCCUGAUGCUAGUAUUGAAUGAGAAGAAACUUAAUAAAAUGAAAAGAGGCGAAAUAUUUGAUAUGGCCUUUUCAGGGAGAUACAUUGUUUUGUUCAUGGGAUUGUACUCUAUGUAUACUGGUUUCCUUUACAAUGAUAUAUUUUCCAAAUCUAUGACAAUCUUCAAAUCAGGCUGGGAAUGGCCUGAGCAAUGGAAGGAAGGAGAGACAAUAUUUGCAAAAAGCGUAGGAACUUAUCCUAUUGGGUUAGAUUGGGCCUGGCAUGGGACUGAAAAUGCGUUAUUAUUUUCGAACUCCUACAAAAUGAAGUUAUCAAUUUUAAUGGGGUUCAUCCAUAUGACCUAUUCCUACAUGUUUUCUUUGGUGAACCAUUUACACUUCAAUUCCAUGAUCGAUAUUAUUGGUAACUUUAUUCCGGGCUUGUUGUUUAUGCAAGGCAUCUUUGGUUAUUUGUCUGUUUGCAUUGUUUACAAAUGGGCUAUUGAUUGGGUGAAAGACGAAAAACCAGCACCAGGGUUAUUGAACAUGCUGAUUAACAUGUUUUUAUCCCCAGGUACAAUUGAUGACGAGUUAUACCCACAUCAAGCUAAAGUACAGGUUUUCUUAUUGUUAAUGGCAUUAGCUUGUAUUCCAUGGCUAUUACUUGUCAAACCAUUGCAUUUCAAGUUCACACAAAAGAAACAUAUCGCUUUACCUACCUCAGACGAUAUUGAAACUCAAGCCUUAUUACAUGAUGGAAACGAAGACAAUGAAGAAGUGGAGGGAGAAUCCAGUGGUGGACACGGAGAAGAUUUUAGUGAUAUCAUGAUUCAUCAAGUCAUCCAUACUAUCGAAUUUUGUUUGAAUUGUGUCUCUCAUACGGCAUCAUACCUACGUCUAUGGGCUUUAUCAUUGGCGCACGCUCAAUUAUCCAGUGUCUUAUGGACUAUGACAAUCCAGAUCUCCUUCGGUGUUACAGGAGCUCUUGGUGUGUUUAUGACAGUUGCUCUAUUUUCCAUGUGGUUUUGCCUGACAAUCGCUGUCUUGGUUUGUAUGGAAGGUACCUCGGCAAUGUUACAUUCAUUGCGUUUGCAUUGGGUUGAAUCUAUGUCCAAAUUUUUUGUUGGUGAAGGUAUUCCAUAUGAACCUUUUGAAUUCAUUUAUCAUGAUAUGGAAACUGAUGUCACUAAUAUGAGUGGACUCAGUCCAACUUCGACCAAGGCAGAAUAG